CCCUGAAAGCAGCCAGAUAACCACUGGUACGACUCCGGGGACUGUUACGGCUUGACAGCGAGCUCACAGGCGAGAAUCAGCGGCUGUGUCGUUUGAGGAAAUUUCAUAUCACAAUGUCAGCUACUGGUCCAGAAGGUUCUGGCGCAGCGUCCAGUAACAAGCGCUUGCAGCAGACGCAGGCCCAGGUGGAUGAGGUGGUGGAUAUUAUGCGUGUUAAUGUGGACAAAGUUCUGGAACGUGAUCAGAAGCUGUCUGAGCUGGAUGACAGAGCUGAUGCUCUCCAGGCUGGAGCCUCCCAGUUUGAGACCAGUGCAGCUAAGCUGAAAAGGAAGUACUGGUGGAAGAACUGCAAGAUGUGGGCCAUCCUGAUAGCUGUCAUAGUGAUCAUCAUCGUCAUCAUUAUUAUUUGGAAUUAUUCAUAAAAGAGCAACAGGAGGAGGGGUAGAGGACACGAUAAAGAAGAAAAGUGGAGCCAUGUGACGCGUCUCAGAGGAGCUCCACACUUUCCACCUCUACAGGGGUCUUCAUUCCUUGUCCUGGAUUGUGCGUGUGUGAGUGUGUGAGAGAGAUUGCUUGUGUGGCUCCUGUCACAGUUUUAACCAAUAACAUUACAAAAUCCCAGACAUUAUUAGGAUGCCAUGCCACAUACCAAAGAAAACCAAAAUGUAUGUAUAGAAACGUGUUAAUAGCUUGAAGGAAAACUCAACUAAAUCAACUCUGUGGCAUAGCACACACACACACACACUCAAACCUUAAGACUAGAAAUGAAGAAUAUUGUUAUAAACUCUCCUCUACUUGCAUUUUUAUAUUUUAUUAACAGUUUUGAUUGUGUGUGCCAGGCUAAGAGAAGUGCCUUUGAGGAUUAGCUGUUCAGUGCUAUCAUUUAGAUUCCUGCAUAUGGAGUAAGAGGUGCCCCUUCCCAGAUUAACUUCUUUCUGCUCUUGAAGAGUGUAACACCAGUUUUUUUUUUCAUCUGUCUCUCUGGGUAUUUUUUUUUUUUUUUCCUUUUUUAAAAAUUUGGUCAGCUUUGCAAAUAUUAGUUGACUAAUGGGAUCUAAUUACUCAAUUUAUUUCUACACAUGGUUAAGUGCUGAUCAGAUCCACUGUUUAAGGUGUUAGGACUGAAUAAAAGUCAUUCUGACAAUACAAAGCUUACAUACUGUUGAACCACCUGGCUACACCUAUUCCUGUUCAUAUUACUUGCAGGCAGAACUUAGGAUGCAGUAAAAGCUAGCGUGAGCUUGUGUUUAGAUUGAGUGCCUAUAUGCUAUGACCAGCAUCCUCACAGCCUGACAAAGCUGCCAUAAAAUGUUAAAAAUACACAGAAGUGCCACCAUGGGAAUAAAGAGAAUAAUUAUCUCAAUUAGUUGCUCAUAAGCACAGAAAAUUUGCCUUUAUGUAAUAAUAAAGAUCAAACAAUUAAGAAAACCUGCAGUUUAGUUUUAGACUUUAAUAGGGUGUCUCCAAUGGAGAGCAGCCAAAAAUACAGCCAUACCUUCUAAACGCGUGUACCAGCCAGAGAACGAGGAGUGCCUUCUGAGUUUCUGACUGUCCAGCAGAUACUGUGCAGCUAGCCUGUGCAAUCAGUUGAACUUAACCUUUAAUAAAGUCUUUUGUUUUGUCACACUGUCGUUGAUCCAUUCUUGUUAAUGCAAAAUGCUUCUAACAUGCCAAAUUUCAUAUAUAUCUUACAGUAGCUUUUAUUUGCAUUUGGUUAAAUGUCGAACUGAUCAAAGUGAGACUACAGAUCAUUUGCUGCGGUGCUCAAGUCUGCUGCUGAGCAUUAUGGGUGUUUGAGAGUGGAAAGCGUUUGUUGUGCCAUGGCAUUGUGAUACAUUUGAUACUAACACUGGAUUUGGGAUUACUUUGUGUAUUAUUUUCACUCUGGUAUUUAUAACUCCCAGAAGACUGUUUAGGUUACAGUUUCAGUAAUUUUUAAGACUUAUUUGCUUUUUGACCCUCAUACUGCUUGCGUGAUACUGAUACAGAAAUAAACACUAACACAAAUAUGAAGUCACCCUUUUUUCUUUUUUUAAUGCAUGUAGAUAUAGCUGGAUUGUAGCCAUGACUUAAAUUUGUAGGCAGUAAAAUGCUUCUGCAGGCCAUCCUUUUAUCAAGUAUACAUGGAAUUGUCAUUUUUAUUUUAUUUUAUUUUAUUUUAUUUACACACAGCAGUUUAAGAUCUUAUAACUUCCAAGCUUUUCUCACCUGGGAAUGUAUGUGGAAAUAUGUGCAAUUCUGCUCCAUGGUCCCAAAUGUAUUUGGCUUGAAUAAAACUGGUAUUAAAUCAAA